AUGCCCCCCUAUGUGGCACUCAUGAAAAACCUACUCUCUGAGAAGAAAGCCUUGAAGGGAGAUAAAAUAGUGGUGCUAACUAAGGAGUGUAGUGCACUCAUUCAGAGCAAGCUGUCUAAGAAGAUGCCAGAUCCGGAGAGCUUUUGGAUUCUCUGUACUAUUGGGAAUAUUACUUUUGACAAAGCUCUUUGUGAUCUUGGCUCAAGUAUCAAUAUGAUGCUCUUGUCUGUAAUGAAGAAGUUGAAAAUUCAAGAAGCACAACCUACAAGGAUAGCAUUGGAGAUGGCUGACAAGUCUCUGAGGCAGGCAUACGGGCUAGUGGAAAAUGUCAUGGUCAAGGUUGGAUAG